CUGCUAUCAGCAAGGAGAUUUUUGCUCCACAUGAUGAGAGAAUGCUUGCGGCCGUCCAGGUCAAACGAAGAACCAAAAAAAAGAUUCCAUUUCUUGCAACAGGAGGUCAGGGGGAAUAUUUGACCUACAUCUGCCUGUCAGAUUCAUGGGGACGUCACGUGAUGACGUAGGGUCGAGACGUUGGGAAUCCAGCUCCCUCGUAAUGAAAUAGGGUUUAAAUGAAGAAGAGUUAACAAAUAUCUACUAGAAACUAUUUAUAAGUAAUUCAGGAUUAUCUUUUGAUAUGGCUCCUAAACCGAAACAGAAGAAAGCUACUACUUCGAAGACUGCGCAAAUCGGUGGGGAAAAAGGCCUAACCAUAUCAGCGAAGCCUCGGACUCAAGUUGGAUCUCCUCCCAGCGAAGUGCAUGGCACUUCUGAUGAUGCGGGACAGGAAGUUACAGCAAUGUCGGCGGUCUCUAAGAAGAAACGGCAAGAACAACGCAUGCGCGAAGAAACAAGUAUGCUUGAACAGGUAUUAACAAAAGUAACAAAACUACAAAUCCCAACUACGGCUAGAAGUGAAACUGGAAGUGAAUCGGAAGUGGAGUCAGACUCUUUGGGAAAUUCAGAGGAAGAAGAAGAGGAAAAGAAAGAGGAGAUUAAAGGAGACAUAAAAGAUAUCCUGUUAUAUAUUUUGGAUGAAUUAAAAGCUAUAAGAAGGAUGCAGAAUACACUCAAUUAUGUGGAAAAACAAAAGAUGGAUAAUAAAGUUAAAGAGAUGGCAGUAAAAAUGGAAGAAAAGACUGAAAGAAUAGAUAAGAUAGAAGACAAUAAUCUUGCCUGGACAAUAGAAAGAAAACGGAUGUUGGAAAAAAUAGAUGCGCUUGAAAACUCAAGUAGACAAAAUAAUAUCAAAAUUGUUGGUCUUUUGGGAGGUACAGAGGGAGAAAAUCCAAUAAAAUUCUUUCAAGAAUGGAUUCCGAAAAUUUUGGAAAUGAAAGAAGGAAGCCGAGUAAUUGAAAUUGAAAGAGCACACAGAGCUUUAAGACCAAGACCUCAACAAGAUCAAAAUCCAAGAUCAAUUUUAAUAAAAUGCUUAAGGUACCAAGAUAAAGAAAUGAUCUUGAAGGCAGCUACUCAAGGUGCUAAAAAGAGAAAUGGGCCAUUGACAAUAGAAGGGAAAAGAGUUUUUUUUUAUCCAGACAUAAGUUAUGAUCUUCUGAAGAGGCGGAAGGAAUUUAAUCUAGUGAAAAAAAUCUUUAUGGGAAAAGGGCUAUAAAUUUUUAUUGAGCUACACAGCAAAAUUGAUAAUUUUCCUGGAUAACGAAGAAAGAAGAUUUUUCGUUGACUACUGGAAAGCAGAGAAAUUUGUACAACAAUUACCUGAUGUCCACGAAGAGAAGUAAAGAAUUAUAGAAAUGAAAUGGACUAAUGAUGAAGACUGGAACAAGGUUGGACUUGAUGGACAUUUAUAAAAAAAAUGUUGAGGAGUAUUAAUUGGGAGUAGAGGCAUUAAUUACUUUCUUUUCUUCACUAAUAUAUUUUCUUUUUUUUUGUGGGGGAGCUGGAGGAGCUCCUGAUCGAUGGCUGCAAGUUUCACGUGUACAAUCAUGGCGAUUGCCAUGACCUGUAAAAUGGGGGAGGGGUAAUGUUGUGUUCUUUUUAUUCGCAACAUUAGUGGGGGGGCACUUUGUUUUUUUUUCUUAUAUAUUAGCUAUCUUUCUUCUAUGUUUCUUCUUUUUUGCCUGGAUGGUUGGGCAGAAACUCAUAGCAACAUGGAGAAUUUUAAAGAGUUCCCAAGGUAUUAUGAAUGAUUAAUUUACUUAAUUUUUUAAGUUUUAAUGCUAAUGGAAUUAAUGGACCUGUAAAAAGAAGAAGAGUUUUAACAUAUAUUAAGAAAAUGAAAGGAGAUAUAGCUUUUUUUUUUACAAGAGACACAUUUAACAGAAACAGAGCUUAAGAAAUUAAAGAGGGAUUGGGUUGGAAAUGUCAUUGCAGCUUCAUUUAAUUCAAAAUCGAGAGGAGUUGCAAUUUUGGUUAAUCUUUACCAAUUGAAAUACAAAAUGUAAUAAUUGAUUCUGUGGGGAGAUAUGUGAUUAUACAUUGUCAAAUUUUUUUCAGAAUUAUGGACUUUUAUGAACAUUUAUGCACCAAAUGAAAAUGAUGCAAAAUUCAUACAAGAAGUUUUUUUGAACUUGGCUGAUGCACAUGAUAAAAUAUUAAUAGGUGGAGAUUUUAAUUUUUGUUUAGAUCCAGUUUUGGAUAGGUCAACUAAAGUUGCUACAAAAUCAAAAGUAAUAAAACUAACUUUAUCAUUAAUGAAAGACUUAAACCUAAUUGAUAUAUGGAGAAAAAUUAAUCCAAGAGAAAGAGAUUAUUCAUUUUAUUCAAAUAGACAUAAAACUUACUCAAGGAUUGAUUUUUUUUUAUUAUCAAAAAUAUUCAAGAUAGAGUGAAAAGUGUGGAAUAUAAAGCAAGAAUACUGUCAGAUCAUUCCACCUUGAUAAUGACAAUGAUAAUGAUGGAUAAGGAGGAAUCGAUUUAUAGAUGGAGAUUUAAUUCAAUUUUAUUAAAACAUCAAGAUUUUUGUGAUUUUAUGAAAAAACAGAUUUAAUUUUUUUUUGAUACAAAUUUACAUUCAGUUGAGGAUAAAAUUGUAUUAUGGGAAAUGAAGAAAGCAUAUUUAAGGGGUCAGAUUAUAAGUUAUACAUCUAAAAUUAAGAAGGAAUACAUGGCAGAAAUAGAUCAAUUGGAAAAAGAUAUCAAAGUUAGAAAAAGAAUCUCAGAGGUAUAUGACAGAAGAAAAAACAAAGACAACUUGUUAAUAAAAAACUACAAUAUAAUACACUCCAGAUAUAUCGUACAGAAAAAGUAAUUAUGAGAACUAAACAGAAAUAUUACGAAUUAGGUGAAAGAUCACAUAAAAUUCUUGCUUGGCAGUUGAAAACAGAACAGGCUUCUAAAACAAUAAAUGCAAUUAGAACAAGUGUAAAUAAGGUUACUUAUAAGCCUUUAGAAAUUAAUGAAACUUUUAAAAAAUUUUAUACUGAACUAUAUCAAUCAGAAUCACAAAAUAAGAUUGCUGAGAGAGAUACAUUUUUAUCACAAAUAACCCUUCCAAAAUUAAAUUUUAAAGAACAGAAAGGAUUAUAUAUGCCCUUUACAUUAAAAGAGGUUGAAGAAGCUUUAGGAUCACUUCAGGGUAAUAAAUCCCCAGGAGAAGAUGGUUUUCCUCCUGAAUUUUAUUAAAAAAUUUAAAGAUUUAUUAAUUCCUCCUUUUAUGGAAUUAAUAUACCAAGUGGAAAGAACGCAUAAACUCCCACAAUCUUUUUUAACAGCAAUCAUAACUGUAUUGCCAAAAAAAGGUAGAGAUCCUUUAACAUCAUAUAGGCCUAUUUCUUUGUUGAAUACAGAUUAUAAAAUAAUAGCAAAAAUUUUAUCUAAUAGAAUAUCUAAAUAUUUACCAAAAUUAAUACAUAUGGAUCAAACAGGUUUUAUUAAAAACAAUCAAAGGAUAAUAUAACCCGUUUACUUAGUAUAAUUCAUUUGGCACAAAAAAGAGAGGAAAUGAGUGUGGCAGUUGCUUUGGAUGCAGAAAAAGCAUUUGAUAGAUUGGAAUGGGAUUUUUUAUUUAAGGUAUUGGAAAAAUAUGAGUUAGGAAAAUCUUUUAUACAAUGGAUUAAAACCUUAAAUACUAAUCCUCAAGCUAAAGUAGUUACAAAUGGUCAGAUUUCAACACCAUUUUGCUUAAUGAGGUCAACUAGACAAUGCUGCCCAUUAUCACCUGCUUUAUUUGUAUUGGCAAUAGAACCAUUAGCUGAAUUAAUUAGAACAGAUUCAGACAUUGGGGGCUUUAGAGUUAAUCAAGAAGAAUAUAAAAUUAAUUUUUUUGCUGAUGAUGUUUUGAUUUAUUUAACAAACCCAUUGCAAUCUUUGCAAAGAUUAUCUUUUAGAUUGGAAAAAUAUGGGAAAUUAUCAGGGUAUAAAUUGGGAUAAAAGUGAAAUUUUACCCCUUACCAAAGGAAAUUAUAAUUAAUGUCGAUUAGUAACUCAAUUUCGAUGAUCAAUAAAUGGGAUAAAAUAUAUAGGUAUUAGAGUUGAUAAUGAUGUAAAAAAUAUGUAUAAACAAAAUUAUUUGCCGUUAUUAAAAAAAAAUAAAAGAGGAUCUUGAUAAAUGGAUGAUGUUACCAAUAACAUUAAUAGUUAGAGUUAAUGCUGUAAAAAUGAAUAUAUUUCCUAGAUUGCAAUAUUUAUUCCAAACUUUACCAAUACAAUUACCUCAGAAGUUUUUUCAAGAACUGAAUAAAUAUGUAAGGAAAUUUCUUUGGAAAGGAAAGAUAUCAAGAAUAUCAUUGGAAAAAUUGACAUGUAAAUUUGAUUUAGGAGGGUUACAACUUCCAAAUUUUAAGAAUUAUUAUAAAGCAAAUCAACUUAGAUUUAUUGUCUUUUUUUGAUGAAGAAAAACUGGCAUGGAUUAGAAUAGAAUUAGAUAAGAUAGGAGAAAACAUACCAGAGGAUUUUAUAUAUAAAUGGGAAUCCAAAUGGAUAUGGGAAAAAAAAGAAUCUCCUAUAUUAAGACACUUGAUUGAUUUAUGGAAUAAGGUAAAUAUGGACGAUGAGAUAAAGAAAUCUUUAUUAGCAAAAAGAACUUUAAUUCAAAAUAGAUUAUUCCUUUUACAAUGGAUAAUAAACUUUUACAUAAUUGGUUCCAAAAGGGGAUUAAAUAUAUAGGUGAUUGUUUUGAAAGAGGUAUAUUGAUGUCAUUUGAUCAAUUAAAAAAUAAAUAUAAAAUAUCAAAUAACACUCUUUUCUGUUACUUUCAAUUAAAGGCUUAUUUACGAGAAAAGCUGGGACAAACAAUGUUGAUGCCAAAACCUAGUGAAAUAGAUAUAUUAAUUCAAAAUGGAAAAAUUAAAAAAUUUACAUCUUGUAUGUAUAGUUUGAUUCAAAAACAUAAAAUUAUAUCAGGAAUUCAUAAAUCAAGACAAAAAUGGGAAUCUGAUUUGAAUGUUAAAAUCGAUGGAAAAAACUGGUCAAGGUUAUGUUCUGAUAGUAUGAGAAAUACAAUAAGUGUUCGACUUAGAUUAAUACAAUAUAAUUUUUUACAUCAAUUAUAUAUAACACCACAGAAAACAAAUAGAUUAAAUUCAAAUAUGUCUGACCAAUGUUUUCGAUGUAAUCAAGAAAUUGGUACUUUUUUUACAUUCUACUUGGUGUUGUUUUAAAAUUCAACCAUUUUGGAUAAAUCUAAGACUUUUAUUGGAACAAAUUACUGGGGUACAACUCCCACAUAGUCCAGUAUUAUUUUUAUUAGGAGACAUUGAAGGGACAAUACCGAAACUUAAAUUGAAUAAGUAUCAGAAAAAAUUUAUAAAAAUUACAUUGGCAGUAGCCGAAAAAGUUAUCACAGUUACUUGGAAAUCUGAUUUAUAUUUAACUAUGGAUUGUUGGAAUAAUGAAAUACAUAGUUGUAUUCCACUUGAAAAAAUUACAUACAAUCUAAGAAAUUAAUAUGACAUAUUUUUGAAAAUUUGGCUCCCAUACUAACAAAAGAUAGGAUUAAAUACAUAGGUCCUUUGAAGAUAAAAUUAUAAAGCAAUUGGGGAAAGUAAAAAUAAAUAUUAAAAUUAUUUUGAACUCCAUGGAGCAUGUGGGGAUCUUCCGAUAUCCAGGCAAUCUUUCUCUUCUUUUUUUUCUUUCUUUAGA